AUGUCGCUCUUAAUCUACUGGAUGCGGAUCAACCAACCUAUUCUGCUUGGGAUCAGGCUUGCAGAGAUGCUCUGCAACGGGAGUCCUAUUGUAUGCACUACAAUCUUGGUGGAGGCCGAGGGCGUCAUGGGAGUUCUUUCGGGUGAUCCACAGGCUAACUAUGUGUGGGGAAGAGUGAAAGAUGUGAACAAGUGCCUCGAGAACCUGACCAUCACCAACUUCGCUGCCUUAUUCACUCUUCACAAUCUGAAGCACGGCUUGUCAGAGACAUACGGCUUCACGGACAUUGCCAACGGUCUGAACAACUCCAUCCAAAGCAACAUCUGCGGGUUCCGUCUCCAUGAUCUCGACGUCAACAUCAAAUCUUUUAUUGAUAAGAUUAUUGAGAAGUAUUCUCGUAUCUUAAAACCACUAAACAAUUCAGACUUCACCGACUUCUACUAUGUGCUGCCUAUACGCUUCGAUUCGCGAAUGCAGGACGGGGUGCAGGUCGUUACCCUCGGCUUUCCCGACCUUCCCGACUACGUACUGUCCACAACUCUACGGCGGGCCGGCGACUUCACACAAUGA